GACAGUUUUCCCGAACUUUUAUAGUUGUUCGCAGAUUGAGCAGUUUGUGCUUCCAUUAUCUUCUAGCCGACCAUUGAAUACUGUUCACUUAGUUCUAGUUCGAUUGAUAUUCAUCAUGAUAACACCAUCAUUUAGUACGUCUCAAGAUGACAAUUUCGUGUACAUCCGAAUUCGUGUGCCCCAUAUCAAGAUAUCUGAUGUCGAUAUUAAUGUGGAUGGCUGCACGUUCAAGUUCUUUCUCAAGCCAUACUUCUUGAGGCUUGUUCUUCCUGGUGAAGUAAUGGAAGAUGAUGCAGCUAAGGCCCAGUACGAUGUCAGUCAAGGUGAAGUGCUAGUCCAGCUGUCCAAAGUCACAAAGGGUGAACACUUUGAUGGCCUGGACAUGUUGACCACCCUUCUAGUGAAGAGCAAACGGAAUGAGAAGCCCGUGAUGGGCCACUCUCUUAUUCAAGUCAUGGAUGACGGCGAUGACGCUGCUGAGGGCGCCGCUGAAGGUGAGGAAGAAGAAGAGGAAGAGGAUGACUGGGAAGUUGAGCAAGAAUUAUUCGAUGAAUCGGCGUUUGAGCAACUUUCAUUAUCUGGUCCCAAAUAUGGCUUUGCCAACCAAUCGUGUGGAAUCUUCGCACGAUUUCAGGGCGAGGCACUUGGUGUUGUUGAAUUACCCAGUCCCGAUGAAACUCCAGCCAGUCAGCGUCAUGAGCUACGUGUAGGUGGACAAAACCUAAAGUUCGAUGAGGAACACUACUUGGCUGAUUUUGUGUCCACUGACGACUUGAAGGCCAUCUUUGAUUACUCGCCGUACUACAAUGAACAAUACACCAAGUACAAGAAAUUUCUCAAGGAGACUGCGGCGGAGACCUGCACUGCUGAUCGUUCCAGCACAGGAGGUGCUGCAGAAGCAUCCUUGUCCAAUGGUCGUGAUCAGCACGUGGCAGCUCAGGAGAAGUUUGUUACAUUCUCAUCAGAAGAUCUGGAUAGGCUGAAGGAGCUGCCUAAUAAGGAGUAUCUCCUGGACAGGCCGUUGACACGUUGUACCUACCUUGGUCUGGUGGACUUAAUGAUGGCGUAUGCCUACAAUCACCGCUCUACAUGUGGCGAGAACACAGUCGAGUCGGGUUGGACUGUGUCGAAGGUCGCCUGUCUACUCUCCUGGUUUGAGUGGUUUUCCUCUUUGAAGGAUGUUGUUGUGGCGUCGGCUCGGAACAUGCUAGCAUACCCACUCUAUCGGCAUUGGAAGUUGGUCAAGCUGGUUCUCAAGGACGUUUCCUCCAUCUUCUUGCUCGGUCGACGUCAAAUUCUGAAAUGCUUGCUAGAAAUCCGAUGUUUGCUGCAAGACGACGAGAAUCGCUAUUUGCUGAACGACCUGUACAUCACAGACUACUGUGUAUGGGUUCAACGGUGUAGUCACUCCAAGAUCAAGGCAAUUGCAGAACGACUUGCUGAGAUGAAACUGGUGAAGAAGGAUCUUGGCUGGCAGCUGUCUGAACUGGAGGAAGCUGCAACGGAGGUCUUACAAGAAAAUGGCGACGAUGAUACCCAUGGCGAUGCAAGUGAUGGUAGCUCCAGCUGCUCGUCAAGUAGCGAUGACUCAUCAUCCGAUAGCAGUGACGAUGACAGUGACGACGAUGAGGACAGCAAUGUGAGUGGCAGUGAGGACGUGGAAGUAGCACAGAACAUGCCACACGUGCAGGACGCAUUGUCCAUGGCUCCAGGUCUGCAAGCUGAAGACAGGUCUGUGGCGGGUGCCACCGCUGUCUCUGCACCUCCACAGUCUGCAACAGCGAGCACACACGCUGAGAGCAGCAACACACGUACAUCAGCAACGGAUGGAGGUCUACUGGAUGUGGGUGUGCUGGACAAGCCCACGUCCAUCACGGGUAGUGCUUAUCACAACAUUGCUAACGAUACGGACAUGAAAGAUGUCGGGCAGCAGGCAGCUGACAGAAUGGAAACCGGUGCUCUGGAUCUUAUGCCAGAAGAAGUGGCAGCAGCAGCACCGAAGCGGGUGCUGAUAGAAGAACUAUGAACCAAUAGCAUGUGAUUGUUCCACUGCCUCUCGAGCUGAUGUUUAACUCACUACUUUGAAGUAGUACUUUAUCACAGUGGUAUUGAUACUCUAUGUAAAGAACUCAUGCUGUUAGAAUACUGUUUUGCCACCUGGA